CAACAUCAAGGAACAGCCAAUCAUGUCUUUUUUUAUAUAUAUGUUUUCACAUGUAAACACUCAAUACCCUCCAAAGCAAAUACCAGACAAAGUAACAGGCGUACUUGAUUUGGAGCCAGAUGCAUCGACUAGGCAUACCUUAAUUAAUUGUUCUCAAACAUCUCGGUUUCUUGAGUUUCUUUUCUGCACCCUUUGCUUUGUGCUUUCUUUUAAAGCUUUUUUUCUUUAUCUUUUCUCUUGUGAUCGACUUCUGCUGAUUGCAUGGCUGAUUCAUAUGAUGAAGAGUGUGAUUACCUGUUUAAGGCUGUUCUGAUUGGUGAUUCUGCAGUCGGGAAAUCAAAUCUCCUCUCCAGGUUUGCAACAGAUGAAUUUCGAUUGGAUUCCAAGCCAACUAUAGGAGUUGAAUUCGCUUACCGGAAUGUUAAGAUUGGUGACAAAAUCAUCAAGGCUCAAAUUUGGGACACCGCCGGCCAAGAAAGGUUUAGAGCCAUUACAAGUUCAUACUAUCGUGGAGCAUUGGGUGCAUUGUUAGUAUAUGAUAUAAGUAGGAGAACAACGUUCACAAAUGUGAAGAAAUGGAUGCAUGAGCUAAGAGAAUUCGGUAACUUGGAUAUGGUGGUGGUUCUUGUUGGGAAUAAAUCAGAUUUGGCUGAUCAACGUAGGGAAGUAAGCGAGGAAGAAGGGAGAAAGCUGGCAGAGACGGAAGGUUUAUUUUUCAUGGAAACCUCUGCAUUGGAAAAUGUGAAUGUAGAGGAAGCAUUUUUACGAAUGAUUACCAAAAUCCAUGAGAUCACAAGCCAAAAAUGUUUAGAAGCUAAAACAAAUGAAACAACACUUCAUGGUGGAAAACAAAUAAUCACUAUUAAUGAUGAGGUGACUGCCACUAAACAGUCAAAUAAUUGUUGUUACAAGUGAAUUUUUUUUAUUUCUUUUUACUUCAAAAUUUUUCCUUCUUUUUGGGUCAUAUUAGUUUGUAAUUCCUUUAACAAAUCUAUUUUCUAUUUUAGUA